AGUCAGUGUUGGAAUCACGAGCUCUUCAGUCUCGCGCUCCUCCGCUGCUUCACAGACCUUCAUUUCUCUAGACGCACACACACAGAUCCGGAUCACAGGUGCAACAAACAUACCUCCAUCUGCAGGCGUUCAAAGAAGAAAAGGGAAUAUAUAUACAUCGCGUGUGAUUGUGCGAUGGCUUUAUAAGGCUGUGUUUGAGAUCUCUGGGAACAAUCGUCAGCAGAAUGUAUAGACAAGCGGCGAGAGAGACCUUCCUCAUCCUCUUCCUCAUCAUCAGCCUGAUGUGGCCCAUACAUUCAGAGAUCUCCAACUGCGUCAUAAAACGCGAGGAGGAGAGAUGCUUGGAGCGAAUCGCGCUGCACGACCCCAAAGACGACCAAAAAUUCGAGUGCCCGUGGGAGUGGGAUAAUCUGACCUGCUGGCAGGCGGCGAGUGUUGGAGACGUGGUGGAGGUGAACUGUCCCGAGCUCUUCGAGUUCAUGAGUCCAGAGGAAGGGCUUGGGAAGAUCAGCAGAAACUGUACAGAGUUCGGUUGGUCUGAACCGUAUCCACACUAUGUGGAUGCCUGUAUGACUGAUGAAAACACAACCAAACCUGACAUGUAUUACGCGUCAGUGAAGGCUCUGUAUACUGUGGGCUACAGCACGUCUCUGGUGUCUCUGACCACUGCUAUGGUCAUUCUGUGCCGCUUCAGGAAGCUUCACUGCACCAGGAACUUCAUCCACAUGAACCUGUUUGUGUCCUUCAUCUUGAGGGCCAUUUCUGUCUUCAUUAAAGAUGGAGUCCUGUACGCAGAGGAGGACAGUGACCACUGCUUUGUCCACACUGUGGGCUGUAAAGCGGUGAUGGUGUUUUUCCACUACUGCGUGAUGUCAAACUACUUCUGGCUCUUCAUCGAAGGCCUUUAUCUCUUCACUCUAUUGGUCGAAACCUUCUUUCCAGAAAGACGCUACUUCUACUGGUAUACCAUCAUCGGCUGGGGAACGCCCACCAUUUGUGUGACCAUAUGGGCUGUUCUGCGCCUUCAUUUUGAUGAUUCUGGCUGCUGGGACAUGAAUGAUAACACUGCCCUCUGGUGGGUGAUCAAAGGCCCUGUGGUGGCAUCAAUCAUGAUCAAUUUUGUGCUGUUCAUUGGGAUCAUCAUAAUCCUGGUGCAGAAGCUGCAGUCUCCAGACAUCGGCGGAAACGAGUCCAGCAUUUAUCUCAGCUGUGCACAGAAAUGCUUCAGUGAGCCCACACAGGCCGUCCAGCAUUCGUGCAGGAUGUCAGAGCUUUCUACCAUCACGCUACGUCUGGCACGCUCCACCCUGCUCCUCAUCCCUCUGUUUGGGAUCCACUACACUGUGUUUGCCUUUUCCCCGGAGGACUUCAGCAAGCGGGAGCGACUGGUCUUUGAGCUCGGCCUGGGCUCAUUCCAGGGGUUUGUUGUGGCUGUGCUGUACUGCUUUCUGAAUGGAGAGUUUCUCCCUAAAGGUGCAGUCGGAGAUAAAGAGGAAAUGGAGGAGUUGGACGGUGAACAGGUACUUUGCUGUGGACCUGAAGCAGCAGCGUCACCCUUCGCUAGCGAGCAGUGGGGUGAACGGGGGGACGCAGCUGUCCAUCCUCAGCAAGAGCAGCUCUCAGAUACGCAUGUCCAGCCCUCUGGCCGAGACGGUCAACCUCAACCUGCCAACCUGAGCGCCUGAUUGGCCCAAUCCGUCCCUAAAGCCCCGCCCUUCAACUCACUCUCUUCACCUGUUCUAGGGCCGACCAAUCACAAUUAGACAUGAACUAUUAAAUUUUCACGAGUUCCCUGAAUAGUACUUCAUGAGAUCAAAAUUUUAUUUUGGUUUUGCUAGCUCACAUUGCAAUUCUUUAGGUGAACGAUUAUCCGUGCAAGAUAAUUCGCUGAAUAAAAAAACAGUUUGUUUUGGUAAUCUUCAAUCAAAGUAUGAAUGUAUUAGAAGGGGCGGGGCUUCUUUGAUGACGUCAGUUUGACGGCUUCAGUCACAAUAUUUUUAACCACGCCCCUCCUACCGUUAGUUUGAGGGAAUGAUGCGCAAAAAUAAAGCCCCACCCACUACUUAAUAUUCUGUUUCAGUUGGAAGUACAUCAACACACACUGAAAUGAAAAAAACAACAUAGUUAAACCAGACUUUCCAACUUAUUAGGAGAUUAAAAAAUAGA